AUGGGAACGGUUUCCCGAGGAGCCGCGCGAGGAAGCGCCGAACCCAAAAUGGAGGAGGAGGCCUCAGACAUUAGUGAGGAUGAAAUGAGAGAGGAACCGUUAGUGAGCGAGAGCUCCAGAACGGCGGGACACGUGCUCGGGAGGGUUGAUAAUGAUGCCCAGAGCCCAGCUUCGGCGAUGAAGGCCCAGGGAUCAGAAACCCCUUUCUACCCACCAAAGAUGGUCCCGAAAGGGACGGAAAUUUGGCCUUUGGCACUUUCUAGAACAGCGGCUGAUAUGAGCGUCAAGGACGUCGUUUAUGACGCGGUGGUAAAGGCGAUGGUCAGCGAUGCCCCGAAGGACGAUGAAUUCUACCGGCGGCUCGGGAAGACAGUAGCAGACGUGGUGAAAGGAGAGCACCGGGAAGCGCACGCCAACGAGUGCGAUCAUCGUCUGUCGGCGGCGAUGAGAGAGCUGGUCGAAUGGGCCGUCGCAAAGUAA